AUGGUCGGUUUAAACAACAACAACAACAAUAAAGAAGAAGAGGGUCAUACUGCCGAGUAUGACGCCUACAAUAGUAGCAAUAUCGGUACACUCGAAUCUAUGAAGCAUAAAGACACCAUCCUUCAAUGCUUCUACGACAUUAUCUCAGCUGAUGAAGGUACCCGUAUCAACGGUGUCUCUACCCUCGUCUCGACACUCUCAGAUAUUCAAAAGAAGUUUAAUCCUGCAGAUCGUCGUGAUCUUUCAAAAUAUGCAUCAUCAUCAAUAGGUAGAUCCAAAGUAGCAAAUGAAAAGCUUACAAUUGAAUUAAACUAUUCACUCAAGAGACUUGUUUAUGGUUUGGCUUCAUCACGUGAACUCACCAAGAUGGGUUUCUCAUUGGCGUUGGGAGAGUUGAUCAACGCAUUGCCCGAAAUCGAUAUUGGAUGGAUGUUUGACUUUAUUAUGCAUACAUUGGAUAUUACAGGUAGAGACUUGUCAGAGCGUGAGUCUCACUAUGGUCGUUUGUUUGCCUUGAUGGCUCUCAUCCGUUCGGGACGUAUCGAAGAAUCGUACAAGUUGGUGACCGAGCCAACCAACAGUUUUGCCUACAACGGCAACACCCCAUCCUCUGAACACAUCGUCGAAGCCAUCAUCGAACAACUCAUUUUCAUCUCUCGCAAACGUGCAAUCUAUGUCGACUUGUCAUACGAACUCUUGGUCUCGGUCAUUGAAUUGUUGGACGAGAGUAACCUCCCCAUCCUUUGGUCUCACAUCAAAACCUUGAUCCCCGAAAAAAUAGACGACUAUUCUCCAGAACUUUUAUCACUUUUAUAUUUUAUUUCUGCCCGUUUCUCUUCAUUUGAUAUUACAAAAUCAUGCAAGGGAUGGUCAAACAAAUCGAUUUUCCAUCAAAGCAAUUUAAAGUUACUUAAAAAUAUCUAUAGUGAGACUGUCAAGAGUCACCCAAGAGUACAUAAGAUCUGGAAACUUACCAUCAAUGCUUUGGUUCAAGGUCAUAAGGAAAAUGCAAGUUUAAUCGAAUUUUGGAAUGUUGUUGUAGAAAACAAUUUGUUUAGAACAUCAUCAAACAUGAAAAAGUAUUUAGGUUUACAAUUGUUUGAAAUGUUGUUACCAAUGAUUCCAACCACUUCAAUGAAAUUCUUCUUUACAAAGAAUGUUAUCUAUUAUUUAAAUGAUUCUCUAAAGACUGAUAGUGCUCUCCAUGAAAUAGGUUCUCAAGUUUUCCAAGGAAUUGCAAAGGUAGCAGAAAUUUCACAAACUCAUAGAUUGGAAUUGAUUUAUUUCUUCUCGAUUAAUCAUGACAAGUUACAUGACAGACAAGUUCCAGUUGAUGUUAUUACAGCUUUGGUUCGUGAUAUUGAUGCCGAGCAUGUUGCCAAGUACACCGAGUUUAUCAUUGACUCUUUCUACAAUGCUCAUCCAAAGAAGGGAGACGUUGUUGUCUCGGCUACCGAGAAGAAGUCAUCCGAAGAGUCUGACGAGACUGAAGAGGCCGUCGGCACACAAAACAUGCGUAGCUGGGCCAUCCUCCAACUCAACAUUGUCGCCAAGGACUCGAUCAAGAGACCAACCAGCUUUAUUGUAUCAAUCGAACAAACUAUUGCUCGUAUCGCCAAAUUCUUUUAUUUCAACGCUUUCUAUAAUAAUUCGAUCAUUCCUCCAACCACCCAAGCCACACCAAGCAAGAAGAAGGCUGCUACUGCCAAGACUGCUGCUGUCGCUACCUCGGCCGAUCCAUUUGACGACAAGUUGAUUACUCGUGUCCCCGAAUACCCAAUCGGUCACGCUACCCGUGCAUCAUGUGUCUCCAAGUUCUACUCGAUUCUCGAAGAGUUGACCACACUCAACCUCGCUCCAAAGACACCAGCCUCCAAGGACGACACUGUCCUCGUCAAUCCAGUCGACCAAAUCACAGGUGUCACAGAGACUGGCGAGCUCUGGAUUUCAUUUGUCUACAACUUCCAAUCAUACAUCUUUUCUAGACCCGAGCCACGUCCAUUGACCACCACAUUUUUGCCAAGUGGACUCAAGCCAAUCGAAAAGGUCACCCGUAUCAUCAGCCAAUUGCACGCUAUUCCAAUGGCCAACCGUUCCGUCCAUGUCAAGGGCUUUGAACUCUUGUUCACUCACAUUGCCUUGCAAUACGUUGUCGACCCAAUGGAAAUCUCAGAGUUUGUUGACGAUCUCGUCGAAGCCUACGAAGACCUCACCUCGGCUGCUGCCAAGGCUGCCGCUGCCUCGACCCCUGCCAAGAAAAAGGCUGCUGCCAAGGCUGCCGCUGCUGAAAGUGACAAGCCAUCCGCCCUCAUGGUGUUGAUUGAUAUCUUGAUCAGUUUGCUCGACCACAGCUCAUCGCUCCACAAGACUGUCGUCAAGCAAAUCUUUGGCAUCUUUUCCGACCAAAUGACCAUGCCCGCCUUUGAACACAUCAUCAACAUUAUCACUACCCCAAUCGAUGACAUCUUUGACCAAAAUGAUAAUGGUGAAGCUGAUGAUGACGAUGAAGAUGAUGAUCUUGAAAUCGUCAGUGGUGAUGAAAUGGAUAUUGAUGAAAAUGGACAAGACAAUGAAGAAAAUGAAGAUGAUGAUGAUGACGAAGAAGAAGAAGAAGAAAACCAAGAUGAUGAUGAAGAAGAAGAGGAAGAAGAAGAUUCAGAUGAUGAUGACAAGGUAGAUCCAGAAUUUGUUGCACGUUUAAAGAAACAAUUGGCAGGCCAUUUGUUAUUGGAAGAGGAUGAUGAUGACUCGUUGGACCCACCAACCGAAGAACAAGCCAAGCAACUUGACAAGUCACUUGCAGCAGUUUUCAAAAACAAAAAGGAAAAGAAGUCCAAUUUCCAAGACCUCAAGAGCAAGUCACUCAACCUCAAGAUCCGUCUCAUCGAUCUCAUCGACCAAUACAUUAAAAAGUACUCCAAUGUUGCCAAUCCACUCGUCUUUGAGUUGCUCCCACGUCUCAUUGAAGCAUCACUCUCUGAAGACCCAACCAUCUCCAACAAGAUGGUGUCACUCUUUAAGAACCGUGUUGGUGGCAUCAAGUCGAUGGGCGCCACCGUCCCCGCCGCCGUCCCCACCAAGCUCAUGAACAUCUGUUUUGACCGUCUCAUCAAGGCCAAGACCAUGUCGGUUGCCGAGCGUAGUGCCAAGCCAUUCCAGUUUGUCAUGGCUGCCCACACCAUCUACAUGGCCAUCAAGGUGCUCCAACAAGCCAACAAGUUUGAGCCAGCUGCUCUCACACGUCGUCUCAAGGAAGUGACCGAGAAGAAGUUGAUCUUGGACAAGGGUGGUGUUUCUGCAUCGUUCCUUGCCGAGUUUGCCUCACGUUACCCUCAAUUUGCCUGGGACUAUGUACCCAAGUUGCUCAACUACAUCAAGGAGGGAUGUCCAGACUUUUGCAUCAAGAAGUUCCUCAGCAUCAUCAACUCGCUCGUCGAGCACAAGGAACAACACGGCACCAACGGUGACUUGUACCUCAAGCAAGCUCAGCCCCUCUUUGCCUCGGUCAUUGCCGUCAUCUCGUCGGCUUCCCUAAAGUCGCGUUCUGUCUUUGACAUCCUUGCCACACUCACCGCCUACGUCACCGUCGCACUCACCUAUGUCUCGGUUGAAAAGUUCAACGAAAUCGUCGAUGCCUACAAACUCGAGAACCACUUGUCGGCAAUGUGCGACAAGCACAAGAGUCAGGCCCAAAAAGAAGCCUCCAAGAAAAUCCUUCGUCUCCUCCAGGUCGAGUCUGACCUUUUGGAAGCCCCCAAGCGCAAGCGCAAGGGCAAGACCUUUGAACACUCAUACCUCACCGUCGACAAUGCCCAGCGUGGCCAAGCCAACCCAGGCCUCAAGAUUGAUAACAAGCUCCAACACAAAAAGAAAAAGAGAUUCCAAGAUAUCGAUGAAGGUGCUCAAUUGUAUAGUGAUAUAGCCAAUGAAAAUAUGUCUGGAAAGGAUGUAAGAAGAGACAGAAAAUUGGCAAGAAGAGCAGAGAAAAAAUUAAAUCCAUCAGAAGAAAAUAGCACCACCGGCGCCGAAGACAAUAAUACUACUAGUAACACAACAAAGAAGGAUAAAAAGAAAAAGAGAGAAGAUUUUGACAACAACAACAAUACUAGUGAAAGUUUAAAAGAAAAUAACUCUGAAGAAAAAGUUAAACAACCUUUGAAAAAGGUUAAAAAAUAA